AUGUCUCCAUCAUCUGCAUCUGCGCCUGCAUCCGCAUUUGGUCCACACCCAUUGGCCCUCCCACCCACGUUCUCUCCGGAUACUCUAGACGCCCUUUCCGAGCUCUCUCUCGUCCUGGCCCGCGUCCGCGCUGGUAUUCAGUCGUCGGCUGGAAUCACUACAGAGCCUGCCCCCGGGACCACCGGUCACAACGCCUCGGGACCUACAUUGUCUUUCAAAGAUGUCCCUGGAGCCACCGAUGGCCUGAAACACAAGCUACAGCGUGCUCGCGCACAGGUCCGAGAGCUCCCGGAUAUGGACCGAUCCAUCGCCGAACAGAACGAUGAGAUCCGUGACCUUGAAAAUCGCAUCGAGAAACAACGAGCAUUACUCCAACGAUUGAGAGACGAAGCCACUGGAAGGGAUCGGAAAGAGGAAGUCAGUGCUGGUGACAAGAUGGAGUCAUGA